CUUAACUCUAAGCUUGUUGUUAGUCUAGCUGUUGUUAGAGACAUUAAGAACCUAGUUAUUAGGUAUACUAGGCUCCUUGUACUAGGCAGAGAGGUGGUGCUUGCUAGAGAAGAUAAUAAAGGGUGGGAUAGACCAGCCCUUCGCGCAGAUGCCUUGGAUAAUACUAAUGCUCUGGAUAACGGUAACCCACUCGCGAUCACCUGGCUGAACAAGCUCUGGCUAAGCAUGUCUCUCUAA